AUGGCGUGGUUGCUGCUGCUGGUGGGAUGCGUGAUCGUGGUGACGGCGAGUCAUCAUAGGGAUCGAGACGAACUGGUUCCCGCCGUGGAGCAGAUGAGUCACAGCGUUACUGACGCCAGUGUAUUGGAUGAAAAUGCGCCUCUUGGGAGCCUUCCGAUUGCUGUGCGGAAUCGACACGGAAGGACGAGACAGAUCUGGAGGCAACAUCGACAGCGACAUUCGGGAAGACAAGAGCUAAAAUUACUUUCCGGCCUGACGGUCUCGACGGCGACGACGGACUACGAGCAGCAGCUUCCGAAGGCGUCCGGUUUAUGGCCAUCAUUUUUUAAUGUAGCCCUCCGGGCGACAAUCUCCGUGAACGCGACCUGUGGCCAGUCGAGCCGGGAGGAGUACUGCCGCCUGACCGAGGGCACCGGACGUUCCCGUGGCUCUCAGUGCGGUAUUUGUGACGCGAACAAUCCAGACCCGGAGAAGCGGCAUCCGAUCACGAACAUCGUCGACGGCACGAACAGCUGGUGGCAGAGUCCGACGCUCCAGAAGGGCGCCAAGCAUGAUCGCGUGACGAUCAAUCUCGAUCUCGGACAGCUGUAUCAGAUAGUAUUUUUCACGAUGCGGGCCGCCAUCUCACCGCUACCGGCUUCAUGGGUACUGGAAAAAUCCGUGGACGGACGGACCUACGAAGCGUGGCAGUACUUCGCCUCGGAUGACACCGAGUGUCGGGAACGAUUCGGUCUUCCCGCCUACAGCACCAACUACAUAUUCAAAAGCGACACCGAGGUGAUCUGUUCCACGCAGUUUUCCGCGCUGGAUCCGCUCGAGAACGGAGAAAUCAACCUGUCGCUUAUCAGUGGACGGCCCAGCGAAAAGAUGACUUCGCCCGAGCUACAAAACUUCACUCUCGCUCGAUACGUCCGAAUACGCCUGCUGCGUAUGCAACCCGCGGAACCUCAGAGAAGCUUCUACACCAUCCGAUCGUUGCGGAUAGGUGGGCGAUGUUUUUGUUCCGGUCACGCCGCCAAAUGCAAGACAAAUGACAAUAACAUCGACAAUGAGCCGCAGUGCGAGUGCGUGCAUAAUACGUGCGGGAUACACUGCGAUCGUUGCUGUCCACUUUACAAUCAGCGACUGUAUCGUGUCGGUACGCCUGCCGCAGCGAACAAGUGCGAAAAGUGUGAGUGCCACGGUCACGCAAAGUCCUGCAUCUACGACAAGCUGGUGGAUGAACAGCAUCUCAGCCUGAGCAUCCGAGGCAAAAUGAGUGGAGGAGGCGUUUGCCAGAACUGUACGGAUUUCACCACCGGAAUCAACUGCGAACGAUGUCUCCCGGGAUACUAUCGUCCAGCUGAUCGCCAACCGAAUCACGUGGAGCCAUGUCUACCGUGCAACUGCAGUGCAUCGGGAGCCACCGGAGAGUGCAAUCCGAUCGGGGGAGAGUGCCGCUGUAGAGAAGGAUACUCUGGUCCAAAAUGCACCGAGUGCAUAUCGGGCCAUGCGGGUGAAAAGUGCACUCGGUGUGAAUGUGAUGCUCGAGGAACGUUGCCUGGACGUGAGUGCGAUGAAAAGUGUCAAUGUAAGGCACACGUUGACGGGGAUCGCUGUGAUCGGUGUGCUGAAGGAUAUUUCGCCCUCUCGGAAGCUCACCCAGACGGGUGUCUGAAGUGUUACUGCUCUGGAGUUGGCACAAGUUGUUCCGGGGCGAACGUGGACUCGAGCAGCUACGAAACACUGAAAAGCUGGACUGUCACUAAUCUUGCCAUGAGUGAGCAGAUCGUCCCUACGAAGGACAAUGAGACAGGGUUUCUGGUGUUCGGAAUGUUUGAAAUGCCCGAAACGGAGGCCGUUUAUUGGAAAGCACCGGAGGGUUAUCUUGGCAACCUGCUGCGUAGUUAUGGCACGCGGUUGAGCUUCAAGAUGCUCUGGAUCACGGUUCGAGGUGAUACGAGCGGCAAACCGACGGUGGGGCCGAGUUUGAUACUGAUUGGAAGGAACGGUAUGAAGAUAGCUUAUGGUGAAGAGAGCUAUGAUGAAACGGAUGGAGCCACCAUCGAGGUUCCACUGCAAGAGAACAACUGGUAUCACGUGCCACGAACGGUGAAGGACAUAAUCACGCGCCUUCGACGCACGGAAUACCACGGUGAUCCGGUUACAAGAUCUCAGUUUAUGGCAGUGCUUACGGACGUGGAAGCCGUUCUUCUCCGAGGUACCUAUCACACCGACCAGGUUGAGAGCGUGCUGGAACAGGCCCAAUUGCUUACUGGAUCGCAGAGCAGCAAGGGUUCAUUUACUGCGCAUGGAAACAGCAUCAUCGAGCUUUGUGAGUGUCCCGAGGGCUACCGUGGAACGUCCUGCGAGCAGUGUGCUUUUGGGUACGUGCGCAUCUACGAAACCAGCGUGACACACGAGCGAGUAGGUCGAUGUAUUCCAUGUUCGAUGUGCAAUGGGCAUGCGGCUAGCUGCAACCUGGCAACCGGAGAAUGUGGAGGCUGUCUGCACAACACUGUCGGUACGAACUGUGAACGUUGUCUGCCAGGGUUUUACGGCAAUGCCACGAUCGGGCGUCCAGAUGAUUGUCGACGAUGCGCUUGUCCGCUCGAAGAGCCGAGCAACAACUUUUCACCGAAUUGCCAGUCUCGAGGUGGUGACUCAGACCCGGAGGCGUACGUUUGCACGCAGUGUCCGGAGGGUUAUACGGGUGAUCAUUGUGAGCUGUGUGAUGAUGGAUACUAUGGAGAACCCACAGUCGUCGGAGGUCAGUGUCUUCCUUGUCCGUGCCAUGGAGGUCCUUGUAACGGGAGGACGGGAGAGUGCAUCGAGUGUGUUGGCAACACCGAAGGUUGGCGAUGCGAACGGUGCAAGACUGGCUACUGGGGUGUGCCGGAUGAUGGUUGCGAACCGUGUAGCUGUUCCGAGCUAGGUGCUCUCGAGAAUCUGUGUGACGUGACAACAGGCCAGUGCAUUUGCAAGCCCCGGUACGGUGGCCGACGGUGCGACGAGUGUGAUGUGGGCUACGGAAAUCUAGAUCUCGACUGUCCGGCUUGUGCGUGCCACUCGAAUGGCUCAGCUAGCCUGCUUUGCAACGUCGUCAGCGGACAGUGCGAAUGCAACGUCGGCACGCAGGGUCUCCACUGCGAUCAUUGCCAGGAUGGGUUCUUCGGGCUGUCCGAGGAGCAACCGGACGCAUGUGAAGAAUGCAACUGCCAUCCACACGGUGCUCAUGGACCAGGUUGCAGCCAAAAAUCGGGCCAAUGUCAGUGCAAAUUGAACAUCGAGGGACGCCAGUGCAACCUAUGCCGGAAGGGCUUCUGGAACCUGAAUUCUGGCAGUGGUUGCGUGCCGUGUUCGUGCGAUGUAAAUGGUAGCGAUUUGCCUGGGUGUGAUAUACACACGGGCCAAUGCUUCUGCAAAACCGGCGUCGGCGGAACAAACUGCGAUCGAUGUGAGCCCGGUUUCUACGGAUUCAGUGCACAAGGAUGCAAACGAUGCGACGUUUGUACGAGUGCGAUGCACAUUUGCGAUCCGGACACGGGUCGGUGCAUUUGUCCACCGAACAGUCACGGACCAGAGUGUAGAUCCUGCAUCACGAACACCUGGGGCAACAAGUUCCAGAAAGGCUGCCAGCAGUGCGGUUGUGACAUUGUCGGUGCGAUUGGGCAAUCGUGCGAUCGUGAAUCGGGCCAGUGCAGCUGCAGGGAAGGAUACACCGGUCGACAAUGCAAUGAGUGUGCGCCUGGGUACUACAACUAUCCGCGUUGUCAGAGGUGUGAUUGCGAUGAACGGGGUGCGUUACCUAGCGGAAAUAGCACCGUGUUGUCAUGUGAUCGAAACGGUCAGUGUCUCUGCAAGGAACUCGUCUACGGCAAGCAAUGUGAUAUGUGUCGGCAGCAUACCUUCGGAUUGGCGUCGUUCAACCCGGAAGGAUGCACUCGGUGCUUUUGCUUCGGCCGGGCUGCAGAAUGCAGCAUGAGUGAUUACUCGUGGGGUCAACUGAGGCUGUCGGGAUCGCGGAACCUUAGCGUGGAGUACUUGGAACGUCAGGAGGAUCAUGCCGAGGUGGACUAUGUCGUGAUCCUGCAGCUGGAGAGCGCUAACACGUACCACGAGGAUGUGAACAUCACUAGCAUGAAUAACCUCAAUCUCAUCCCGAGCUCAUCGGGUAACGUGUCGAUCGGAGCGUACGCAAUGUUCCGGUAUCCGCUGUACUUUCAGCUUCCUCCUCAGUUUCUGGGUGAUCGUACUGCCAGCUACGGUGGGCUGCUCAACUUCUCGCUGAUCACGGUGGGGGCUAGUGUGAACAUUCCCGAGCCAUCGCUGCGACAGUUUCCACUCGUGCAGCUGCACACGCACGAUAACUUAGUGCUGGAUCACUACGAGGAGUCGAUUUGGUACGAAGAAGCGGUGCAGUCAUACUCUGUCCGGUUGCAUGGAAGUUUGUGGCGGAAUCACUACGAUGGUUCGGUGUCUAAUCGCACGAUCCUCAUGACGGCUCUGCAGAACGUCCGGCACAUUUUCGUACGGGGCACGAUCACGAUGGACUUCCAGCAAGUGGUGUUCACCAACGUGUCGCUCGAUACGGCCAUCUUUGUGGCUGGUGCUGAAACCAAUCACGCGCUCGGUGUGGAACGCUGCAGUUGUCCACCGCAGUAUAGUGGAAUGUCUUGUCAAGACCCCGGUAAAGGAUACUAUCGCCAUCGGUUGCCUAUCGUGAAUAUGGAGCAGGUUACGAUCGACGACAUGAUCGGUAAGGUGGUACAGUGUAGAUGCAAUGAUCGCAGCGAAGAAUGCCACCCGGAAACGGGUGUCUGCGUGAACUGUCGCAACAACACCGGUGGAGAUUACUGUGAACGGUGUGCGGAAGGAUUCUACGGUGAUCCUAACCUGGGCCAGUGUGCAACCUGUCCGUGUCCAGAAACGCGCAAGAAUUUCGCCCGUGGUUGUACGGUUCAAGGUAGUAAUGUGCGGUGUAUCUGCAAGCAAGGUUAUACCGGAGCGUUGUGUGAUAGCUGCAUGCGCGGGUACUUCGGACAACCGCAUCUCCCCGAUGGGCUUUGUGAGUCGUGUGAAUGCAAUCGCGAGGGCAGCAUGUCAGAUGAGUGCGAUCACAUGACGGGCGAGUGUCAUUGUCGACCAGGAAUUACGGGACGACGGUGCGAUCGAUGCGAGAAACCGAAGCACAUCGUGCAGGAUACCCGAUGCAAGCUUUGUGACAACUGUACCAUCACGCUCAUCGACGACUUCGACUUGUUGGCAAGCCAACUGGCCGAACAGUCGACACACCUGAUUCACAAUGGUGUUCCAACGCCCUGGAUAAAACUGACCAGGCUCGAAAUCCAAACUGGACAGGUGUCGGACCUCGUCGCUGAUCUACUCGAGGCAGAAGAUACACUCAAAACGUACACCACAGACGCCGUAGAAUCACUGGCACGUAACGCAACUUGGCACAGCAAGCGACUCCUCCAGCUGGACAACCGUGUACGGAUGCGUGAGGAUGAGAUUGGCAAGGUGGACGAGCGUGUGACCGAGCUGAUCGAAGAGAUCUACACGAUGGAAAGCAAUAUACAGGACACAAUUCAGACCCUUGAAAACUAUGGGGUUGGCGAUCAGCAUAUCAAGGUACCCAUAGCAGUAGAGGAGGCAAAAGACCUGCUGGCGGAUAUUAAGGAGCGCUACGAGGAUGCCCAAUACGACGACACGGUAAUGAAGUGCGCUAACCAGCAGUACGAGCAUUGGUCGAACUUCUCAAAGACGGUCGAGCGUCAGGGGCAUCGAUUGGACGAUCUAAAGUUCGAACUCGGACAGCUCAACAACAAAACGGAUCACUUGCGAAACUACACGGUGCAGGUGUUCCGACACGUGCAGGAAACGGAGAUCUACCAAAGCACGAACCAGAAGCACUUCGAUCGCGUCCGGGAAGCGUAUGCGAAGGCACUAGCGAAUGCUACAGCCGUUCAGGAACUGCUCGAUACUAACAUCAUCGCUGACGUGGACGUGACGCUGGAGCAACUCGGCGAUAACUACGGCCAGCUCGCGCAAGACAACAACACGCUUUAUGCCCUUCUGGAUGAGCUGACCGAGUCGACGGAGGAUCUUAUCCGCGAGAAGAGCAUCCUAAUCGAGACACAAAUUCCUAAGGCGCUCCGACACGCCGAGCAGCUAAAAGCGAAAGCGGACCCUAUCAAAGGCAAGUUCCAAACCGCCGAGGAUAUGGCUGCUAAAGCGAUGGAGGCUAGCCAGGCGUACGACAACAUCGUGUCAGCUAUCGUGGCGGCGCAAUCCGCUGCAGACAAUGCCACCAGCACGGUGGAGAAGGCGGAUCAGUUGAUCCACCCGAUGGACGACAUUACGAUCAGCGAUCAGAGCCUGAGGGCGUUGAAUGUGUCUACACAUCUGACUAGCCGUGCGAGCAAGGAGCUCAACAAAUCAGUGGCACUCAACAAAACAAUGGCGGGAAAUGAGAAGAGGGUGCAGAACCUCAAGGACCAGAUCUGGCAAACGGCGAUCAAGAACAAUAACCUCAUGGAUGAGCUUGGCAAGGUCGAGCAAGGUGAAACGCUGAAAACCAUCCAGGCGGACCUGGACCGUUCGAGCAUCGUGUCCGAGCAGAUGAAAUUCGUACGUCAGGAGGCUAUCAACCUGAAUAGUGACGUUUAUAAGCUGAAGAUGAAGCUAAAGUCACUCGAACCGGAAUGGGACACCAAGUACAGCAUGGCGGAAGAGAACGUCUCCCAGACGUUUGGCAACAUUCGGAAGGCGAAAGACAAACUGAACGGCGUCGAGGUGCUUGCGAAAACACAAGCCGAACGCUUCCUGACAUGGAACCAGACGUUUGCCACUCAACUGCAGGAGUUGCGAGAUCAGAUCACUCGAGCCAAGCACGCGGCCGAAGGGAUACGUGUGUCGAUGGAAUCCGCCGAACAGUGCAUUAGGUCGUACGCACCGGCCACCUUUGGACCUUCAACCACGAAUCGGAUCGUCAUGUCGAUUGCCCUUACGGAUGCGAACGUGCAGAAUUCACCACUCGCCUUUAUUGAGGGUGAUGGUCGGCGAUUUGUGGCGAUCGAAUUGCGACAGCGCAAGAUACGUAUGCUCUGGAGCCUUGACGGCAGAGUGGUGGCUGAAGUCAUCCAUCCGGAAGAAAUCGAGGUACACGACGUGAAGAACGACGACGCGUGGUACUUCAUCGAUGCGACGCGGACCUUUAACGUGGGCAGGCUCAAUGUGCGGCAUAUGUCGUCGUCGGGUUUGUUAAAGAAUGCACGACCCGUUACUGAAGCCAGCAGCAUGGCCAAUACGAUGUUGAAAAUUGGCCCGAGCAGUCGUAUCUGGGUUGGAGGUAUUCCGGAUGAUCUACGCGUACCGGAGCUCGUACCGAGUCAGGGGUUAGGUGUCACCGUCAGUCAGCUGUACGUUGAUCAGCGACAGAUCGGUUUGUGGCACUUCACUAGCUCGAGCGGGAAGUGCGCCGGUGCGAUGUUGGGACCGCAGGAGAUGGCUAGCUCGACGAAUGAGCGCAACUUCAACGGCAAUGGGUACGCGGUGUUGCAGCGAGCGAGUCAGUACAUGACGAAGAAGGAAUUCAGCGUGAGCCUUAGCUUCAAAACACUCGACGAGGAUGCGCUCAUCUUCCUGGCACUGGAUGAGAAAAACAACCGAUCGGUCUCGUUGACCCUGUACCAGGGCCGGUUGGUGUUCCGCGUGGAUUACGGUGAUGAUACACGGCUCGAAAUCAACACCACGAAGCGGUAUAACACUGGCAACUGGGUCGUAGUGGAAGCAUCCCGUCAGUUCCGCAGAUCCAGCACCGACGAGGGCGUACUAAAGGUGGACAGUGACGACAGCAUUCCUGGGUCGCCGACUAAACCGAUCGGAAUAUCGAUGUUGCCUGUGCUCAGCGACCAGUACUACCUGGGCGGUGUGCCACCUGGCUUCAAAACUGACACUACUAAAGCACCCGGAGCUGACCACGCGUUCCUGGGAUGCGUUAAAGGACUACAGAUCAGCGGCAGUUCGUACGAUCCGCUCUACAGUACGAACCAUUUCGGUAUAGAGGCGUCCUGCGACAACACGAUAGUCAAAGCGGGCUUCUACGGCAGCGGUUACGUCGAGUUUCCGUCCUUUAGUCUGAAGAAACGGGCCAACUUUGGGUUCGUCUUCCGCACCAUGCAACCGAACUGUCUACUGCUGCUGUCAGCGUUCCCGAGUCGCAUCCGAGAGGAUUACGAUUCAAAGGACACGUUCGGCAACUAUUCCGUAUUCCUCGACGAAGGUCGACUACACCUGUGGAUGGAUUCUGGAAUGGGGCGAAUCGAGCUGACAUCGAACGGGACGCUUAACGACGGCGAGUACCACGUGCUUGCGGUGACCAAACUUGGACGCCACGUGGAGCUCCGUGUUGACGAUCAGCUUCAGAUGGGUCGGACGCUGCAAUCGUCACUCGUUAACAUGCCAGGAGAAAGUGGAGGCCUUUACAUCGGUGGUGUACCAUACGAUCCGGCGUUUGAAUCCCUCACGACGGUGUUCAACGGACUGGAAGGUGUUGUAGCGAACGUGGUGUUCAACAACCAAACGUUGUCGUUUGGAAAGGCGCUGAACUUCACCGACGUUCAGAUGGGUCGAACAGGACCUCCGAUGGGCAGCCAGGGUCUGUACACGGCACUCAUGAAGACGGAACCGAUUGGGCGAAGUUUUAAGGCCGCUCCCGAGGGUUGCCACCGUGUCGGCAGCUACUCAUACGAGCCGAACGCAUUCAAGUACGGUGACAAACCACAGAGCUACUCCGUCGUGACGGUCCCGGCCCGGAACAUCUGGCAGCGCAACUUCCACGUGGAGUUCGACUUCCGUACGUUCUACCCCAAUGGCAUCUUGUUUGUGGCGUUGGGCACCAAAGAGAAGGCGAAACACUUCAUCAUGCUGGCGUUGAAAGACGGUGUGCUAAAGCUAACAGUUCGGGGUCGUAAACGCGAUCAGCUGCUGCUUGCUCCGAAACUCAACGAUGGCCAGUGGCACAGGGUGGUACUGAGCAGCGUGAAAAAGAAGGCAACGCUGAGUGUGCAGAUCGGUAGCAGCCACAGCUCGGCACAGCUUAAACUACCAAAGAAACUGAACGCGGCCAACACGCUGCACGUCGGUGGCUUACCGGACGAGGUGCCGAUUCUGCCCCGGGAGCUCCAGCCACGUCCCGAAGCGUUUAAGGGCUGUCUGCGGAAGUUUGUCGUGAACAAUAACACGCAGGACCUAGCGCGACCUGGUCGGCACGUGCAUGUGGGACAGUGCUUCCCGCGUAUCGAACGUGGUUCCUACUUCCCUGGGGACGCGUACGCCAUAUACAAACGCAACUUUAAUGUAGGAAAAUUCAUCGAAAUCGAGCUGGAAGUGCGCACGUCGGAGCUAAAUGGCAUCCUGAUGAGUGUCGCUGACCAGAUCAACGGAUUCCCAGCGCUCUCACUGGAGCUCUCCAACGGGAAUAUUAUCCUUUCCGUGGACAAUGGAGACGGAAACCCGAUCCGGCUGUCCACCGCGCUGCCCUCGAAGUACACGCUCUGUGACAACCGGUGGCACAACAUCUCGGUGCUGUACGAGGAUCAUCAGAUGGCGCUGAGAGUUAACGAGUAUCCGCCAUCACUGUUACUGCCCCAUGGAUCGUCCGGAUUCGGUCGAGUCAACACCAAAGCACCACUCUACAUCGGAGGUCUUCCCGAUGCGGCCUCGAGUGGUACGCUCCUGAUGCGGGAGAACUUCAAGGGUUGCAUCAGGAACAUCGUCAUCUGGAACGAGCGCAAGGACUGGACGGAUAUGGAUGACCUACAGAAUGUGCUACUGAGCGAGUGUCUGGCUGUGAACUAGCCCAACUGGACUGGCCUGCACAUACACACACAUAUUGUACAUAGCCAUACAAUUCGAUACGCUUAGACGACGGUGUUCGACAGUUAGAAUUAGUGUAGCGCAAGUGUCCGCCUAGUCGGAUUCCCCCUCCCCCGGAAGCCGGAAGCGAACGUUAAGCCAAAUACAAGACUUCUUUGCUGAGGACAAAUGCUGUACAAAACCACCAACCGUGGGGUAUUUCGUGACAACCGGAGCCGGAAGUAGUUCUACGUGUUCGGCCACCCUGUUUGGUCACAGCCAGAACACGCGCCCAAUAGGGUUAGGGAUAGGAUAACGACUUCAUGGGACUAGCAAGCCUAGCCCGCUAACUUAUCGACACUGUAUUUAUUGCGCCCGGGCCACAAAACCUUCGCCGUGGUGAAUACCGGUAGGACUUUUCCACCGUUACCCACCACGGUCGGUUUUGUUAGCACGGUGCGAGAGUCUCUAUUUAUUCGCGAUAGGGCCGAAUUCCAGCACGCAACAGCUAGGAGCAUAAGUUCGUUUAGAUGCCAUAAAGGAGAAAACGCAAAUACGGUAUUACGGCGAGCGAGUGGAGCGAGUUUUAGCAUAAGCGCAUGAGAGCUAGGCACUUUAGUGAUUAUUGUCACCUUAACUAACAAACGUGUACUAAAGUAAGGCAGCGCGAGCAGCGCGUAUUUGCGAGGCGUGUUGGAGCCUGCGUAUCCGUGCGGUAUUACAAUAAAAAACUAACGCCAUUACCGUGGAGCGACAGAGAGGCAGCGAGAACGCGUGGCGUUUUCCAUGGGCCACGUAAAAAGGGCCACAAACGUUGCGAUGACCUUCGCGCGGCUCGCUAACCAGUUCUGCGUUAUCGUACGCUGCGCCUCACGGACCGGGCAGUUGCGCCGUUAGAUAGUGGGCCAUGUUUCCCGUUCAGAUGUGGUAAACGGUUUUGUUUAUCAAU